UGCCAUGUCAGCAGGCCACAUCAGCAGACCAUGUCAGCAGGCCACGUCAGCAGGCCACGUCAGCAGGCCACGUCAGCAGGCCACGUCAGCAGUGACAUGUCAGCGACACGUCAGCCGAUAGCCAUGCCACGUCAGCAACCCCCUCCGGCCUGGUCUAUGCUCACGCGUUCUCAAACAGCCACCAUGGACCAGAAGCCAGGGGAAACCGCCGAAGCCUAUCAGGCCCGGAUGCUGGUUUUGAUUACCGAAGCCAAGCAACGGUCGGAUGUGGUAGCAGACACAGAGAAGCAGAAGGCAGAGGAUGUCGAGAAGGCACGUCUGCUGGCGGUAGAACAGCAGCGCCAGCACGACGAGGCAGCAGCAAAGCUGCCCAUGAAGAACGCAGUCAACAACGCGAGAAGGUGUUCAGUGACGAAAGAGCUUUGCUCACUAUGGCAGCGGCAUGGCGAACCGAGACCAAAGGUGGCGAACUCAGCGGCAGCGGAGGACGAAUCUCGCUAUUGCUCUCCCACCUCACGGACCUCCUGGCAACGUGCAUUGGACAACAGGAGGAUAUCCAUAGCCUCGACGACCAGGUCAAGCAGGUCAACAACCGUCUACAACAGCUGGAACAACGGCCUGUCGCCGCCCCCGUCGCCAGCUCCUCCAACACCGCCGAUCGCCUCGACACCUUGGAGAUCGACGUCGGAACGCUCACGGAAGGCGCACGGGCACAGCAAGCGACUACUCAACAACUGGAGCGGCAGAUCUGCACUGCCAACGCUGGCCCAAGCACGUCAGCACGCGAGUCAAUUCCGAAGUUCGAUGGACGAGAUCUUUGGCGACCCCAUGAAGACGGACCCAAUCCCAUGGUUCCGCCAGUUCGAGCUCAAGUUAGAGCUCCACCACACGAGCGAAGCCAAGAAGCACGCGUGUUUGUACUCCCGAUCAGGGGGUGUGUGCCAAGCAUGGUUGGACAAUCUGUUGUCCACGCACGAAGUGGUGGUCUUCGCCUUACACACCAAGAUCAGCUGGGCUGAUCUGAAGGCACCGUGGCAUAAGGGGUUUUAAAUCGAGCCGCCGGAAAUGAAAGCAAUGGAUAAGU